CACCAGCGUUCGCUCCCGGAUCACAAGCCGUGGCAUUUCCAUAUCGAGAGUUCCAUUCGGCGAACAAGACCCGUUUUCGGAGCUGAUUCUGGUCUCAGAUCGGUGCUGUAUUCAGUGUCGGGUGAAGAUGGCAUUGGGCCGUGUUUGGAGAGUUUGCAGUGUGUGGCUGUUGUUGACCGUGACCCUGACCCUGGGCUGUGAGAGGUUACAGUUACUGCAAGUUCUCAACAGAGAGACUCUGGGCGAGCUGAAUGAAAUGGGUGGCCGCCUCCCUCGACACUGUGUGACUGAGAGGCUGUCGUUGAAAACCAAGCCCUUGGAGCUGGUGAAACUUUCGGCGGAGGUUCCUGCCCAGGAAAGGAUCCAGAUUGUCCAUCAGACCCUGCAUCACCUCCGCAGGAUCUACAGUAUGAACCUGAGCUCAGUCAGCUGGGUCCAGAGCUCAGUGGAACUCCUUCGGCUUCUGUUGGAUCGGCAGCUCAGAGAGCUGGAUGUGUGUGUCCGGAAACCAGGCUCAGAGACCAGACCAAGGAAGAAUGCCGCAAUUCUUAAAUACUUUCAGAAAUUGAGAGAGUUUCUGAAACAGAAGGGAUUCAGCAACUGUGCCUGGGAGAUAACCCGCACUGAGACCAUGACGCAUUUGAAACAGCUCCUUCUCAUUAUGGCAAAAAUCAGCAGAGAUCACUGAAGAUUUUCCAGAGUCAAUUUCAUGAGGGAUCAAGAUUUAUGACUAUUUAUUUAAAAUAAAUUUCAAGGAAAAGUAUAUCUGAACAGACUGAUAUUACAUUCAAAAAUAAAUUAAACUAAAUGCUAGAAAUGUUAAUGGAAACACCAACUGGUGCAAAUAAUCAGUGCAUGUGCAGAAGAAACCUGAGUUAAUUCCUCGAGUCAAUGCUCAUAAACUUGAAACGCUAACUGUUGUUCACUCCUCUCAGCAGUUGUCGGA